CGUUGUUGCCCAGAACCUAGUAAGAGGAUUCCCUCCUGGAGUGGACGUCCCAUCUGGAUGGAAAAGAUGGUGCUUUGCAGAGUGAAGGUUCCGCACACCUUUGCUGUUCACUCUUACACUCGUCCCACCAUAUGCCAGUACUGCAAACGACUGCUCAAGGGCCUUUUUCGCCAAGGGAUGCAGUGUAAAGAUUGCAGAUUCAACUGUCACAAGCGCUGUGCGUCUAAAGUACCUAGAGACUGUCUUGGAGAGGUGAUUUUCAAUGGAGAACCUGCUAGCCCAGGCCAAGACUUGGACAUGCCAAUGGAAGUUGAUAGCAGUGAAAUGAACAGUGAUGGUAGUCGAGGUCUAGAUGAUGCUGAAGAGCCCUCUCCUCCAGAGGACAAAAUCUUCUUUAUGGAUCCCUCUGAUCUUGAUGCAGACAAAGAUGAGGAAGCUGUCAAAACCAUCAGUCCUUCAACAAGCAAUAAUAUUCCUCUCAUGAGAGUUGUACAGUCAAUCAAGCACACAAAGAGGAAGAGCAGUACAAUGGUGAAGGAAGGCUGGAUGGUCCACUAUACUAGUAGAGACAAUCUGAGAAAAAGACAUUACUGGAGACUGGACAGCAAAUGCCUCACGCUAUUUCAAAAUGAAUCUGGAACAAAAUAUUACAAGGAGAUUCCACUUUCAGAAAUUCUCCAGGUGACUCAGCCUCGAGAUUUUUCAAACGUGGUGCAGGGCAGCAACCCAUACUGUUUUGAGAUCAUCACUGACACGAUGGUGUACUUUGUUGGCGAAAACAAUGGCAGCAGUCACCACAGUCCUGUUCUUGCUGCCACUGGAGUUGGACUUGACGUAGCUCAGGGCUGGGAGAAAGCCAUUCGUCAGGCUUUGAUGCCAGUCACUCCUCAAGCUAGCGUUUGCACUGCUGCAGGACAAGGAAAAGAUCACAAAGAGUUAUCUCUAAGCAUCUCUGUUUCGAACUGCCAAGUCCAGGAGAAUGUGGAUAUCAGCUCUGUGUACCAAAUAUUUGCUGAUGAAGUGCUGGGUUCUGGUCAGUUUGGUAUUGUAUAUGGAGGAAAACACAGGAAGACUGGAAGAGAUGUGGCUAUUAAAGUCAUUGACAAGAUGAGGUUUCCAACUAAACAGGAAAGUCAGCUUCGUAAUGAAGUGGCCAUUCUCCAGAAUUUGCACCACCCUGGGAUUGUGAACCUGGAAUGUAUGUUUGAAACCCCAGAACGGGUCUUUGUUGUGAUGGAAAAGUUGCAUGGGGAUAUGCUAGAGAUGAUUCUUUCCAGCGAGAAAAGUCGACUUCCAGAACGAAUAACUAAAUUUAUGGUCACUCAGAUACUUGUUGCUUUGAGGAAUUUACACUUCAAGAAUAUUGUGCACUGUGAUUUAAAACCGGAAAAUGUACUACUAGCAUCAGCAGAGCCAUUCCCUCAAGUGAAGCUGUGUGAUUUUGGCUUUGCACGUAUCAUUGGUGAAAAAUCUUUCAGGCGCUCUGUGGUGGGGACACCUGCUUAUCUUGCCCCUGAAGUGCUCAGGAGUAAAGGUUACAACCGCUCCCUAGACAUGUGGUCGGUAGGAGUUAUUGUCUAUGUGAGCCUUAGUGGUACAUUCCCAUUUAAUGAAGAUGAGGAUAUAAAUGAUCAGAUUCAAAAUGCAGCAUUUAUGUACCCACCAAAUCCUUGGAAGGAAAUUUCUAGUGAAGCCAUAGAUUUAAUAAACAAUUUGCUUCAAGUCAAGAUGAGAAAACGUUUCAGUGUUGACAAAUCCCUUAGUCACCCGUGGUUACAGGAUUAUCAGACGUGGCUUGACCUCAGAGAAUUUGAAACGCGCAUUGGAGAGCGUUAUAUUACCCACGAGAGCGAUGAUGCACGCUGGAAAGAACAUGCCUAUGAACACAACCUUGAGUAUCCCCAGCAUUUUAUUAUGGCUCCUAAUCCAGAUGACAUGGAAGAAGACCCUUGAUUUAUUCAUUAUGCUAAAUUGCAGCAAAGAAGGGCACUCCAGACAGAAACUGAAGAUAAGUUGGAACAACUGUUGUUGUUUCUGAAUGCUGUACACAUAGUUCAGUGUACAAAGCCCGAGA